UUAACCGUGGCCCUGAGGCUACUGAAUCUACAUCGCCAAAUCCAAAUAAACAAGACAUGAAGGGGUUGUGACUUCAAAUCAACUGUGACCGAUGAGAUGUACAGGAAACCUCAACGGCAACUGCUUCCUGUGCAACAUAACCGUCUUGCCAGUGAACAAAUAUGUCGGACUGCCGGGUCUAAGAGUUAGCCAGCCACGUAACGUUAACUCAUGCCCUAUGUUUUAUGACUGUUUUUAAAACGCCUCACGCAUUUUGAUUUUAAGUCCUAACUAUAACCAUCUGUAGAUUACAAUUUGAUGACAAACGUCGCUUUCAAUUGCCGAUAUUAUAGCUAGGUCGACUCGCUAGCUUAGUUUGCUAUGUAGCCUAAUAACUGGGCGAGGUAGCGUCUAGGGAGAGGGAGAUCCCUUUCCGAUUACCUGUUUAAUUGUGUGUCUAGUUUAUCAAUCACUUCGCAUCUCUCUGCUAUGUAGCGUAUUUUACGCUGAUGGUCAGCAUGAUCUCAACUCUGUGCACAUUUUUUGUUUUGUUCCGAUUAUCUCAGACAACUAGCAAAUGUUACAGCACGUUGUGAAGCCACAACUAAAUAGCAGUUCAUGUUUCGACAAGAAGUUGGCGUAUUGGCUUUCAUUCCGUCGUGUUCUGACCUUUUCCAAUACGAGAAGAGGAAUAUGUCUCGGUACAAUAUUUAUAGCCUACUGGAUUGGGUGUACGGCGGCGUGGACCCUAAAUUUGAAGGGAAUGGAGGCCCAGAGUGUGCAGCUUUCAUCACGCGUCAACAACGUUUUAAUGAGAGCAUGGUCAUAGUUAUUUUAUCUAUUGCAGAGGUUGUUUUGGCUCUCAAAAAAAUUAACUUUGCUAAAGAACACAAUGAAAUCAAAUAUGGGCGAAACAAUAAGGAAGACAGCCUGGGCAAGAACCUUCUCUUGGUAGCACUUUGUAUGACGUUUGGAGUGGAAGUCGGAUUUAAGUUUGCAACCAAGACGGUCAUAUACCUACUAAAUCCUUGCCACGUUGUCACCAUGGUGCAGAUCUUCCUCCUAGCCUGUCCACCUUGUAAAACGGCUAUGAUCAUUUUCAGACUACAGGUCCACAUGCUAAAUGGAGCCCUGCUGGCCCUUCUUUUUCCGGUGGUUAACACCAGGCUGUUACCUUUUGAAAAGGAGAUUUACUACAUUCAGCACUCCAUGCUUUACUUGGUACCCAUUUAUCUCUUCAGGAAAGGGGGUGUGUAUACACCUGAACCUCUUGGAGAUAUGUGGUGGGCUCUCUUAUCAACUGGCAUCUUGUUCCUUUACCACUUUGUGUUUCUACAAGGCCUUGGAAUGAUGACGGAAGUCAACUUGAAUAACAUGCUGUGUCCAGCUGUGUCAGAUCCUUUCUACGGCCAAUGGUACAGAGUUUGGGCCACUGGCCAUCAGACCCUUCUAACUUUGGCUCACGGCAAAGUGCUCACAUUGUUUGCUCAACAUACAAUCCCAAUGUGUCGCUACUUCAUGGAUAGUACCUGCCUUCGAAGCAAGAAGGUUGAUUGAGCACUGAUUCUCUUGUACAUGAGUACAUGUUCAUCGUACCCAAAUCAUGUAAUCUAUCGUUUAAUCCAUAGUCAGAAUAUAUUCCUAGAUGUCCUCAUAUCAGUUUUAAUGGGUAGUUCAUUCUUGUAUGUUUGUGUGUGUGCACCAGUAAUGAUGCAAAACUUGCCAAAUAAAUUGUCUUUUUCAUGCAUACUUUUUCAUGUAUACAUCUGAAGUUUGACUUUGGUGAACGCUGUUCACGCUGUUGAACGCUGUUGGCUCUUGUUCUUUUAUCCUAAUGAUGCCUUCAUUAAGUGUAGUCAUGGUAUAGCUAUCAGAGGUUUAUCCAGUGGCUUCCUUAUGUUCACUGGUCAUGGCUACAACCACAAGUGUUAAGUUUUCUUUUUUUUCUAAUGUACAGUUGUUACUUUCAGCAAUGUUUUGAAAACAAAUAAUUUUAUCUGUUUUACAUUGCACAUGAUAACAAGCACCUACAUAAAUUGUGGUAAAGGUAAAAGUAAGUUUCAAAUGUUAUUUUUUUAAUUCAUGAAAAGUGUAAAAUGUGUUGGACUACUGGGUUCUUUGAAGUGAGACCUGGAUGCUAUUGUGAAAGUCAUCAGCAUAUUCACCUGGAGUAGCCUAUACCAUGAACUGUACUACCUACAGCUGGGUACAUCAGGUAAUCAGAGUGCUGAUUAAAUUCUAACCUACCAUCAUCACCAUGAUACCAUAACCAUGGCCAGUGAAAAAAAUAAAGUUUUUUUUAAAGAGUUUAA